UUAUAACAUAGCUAUGAUUAAUAUAAUACGAUUAUAUCAGUAGUAGAAAUAUUACAGUUUUCACGUGAUAUAAUCAUGUGAUGUAGAUACGAAAACAAAAUUGAUAUUCAAUGAACAUUGUUAAUUUACACAUGAAUGAAUUGAAAAAUCGUAAUUAUUUUCGGUAUGAUGAAAAAAAGGAAAAAAAAGAAUAUCUCUAAAGAAUAACAAUUUUGGAAAAGAAUUGAAGAGAAAAAAGACAGAGAGAGAGAGAGAGAGAGAGAGAGAGAGAGAGAGAAAGAGAAAGAGAGAGAGAAAGAGAAUGACGAAAGGAUCCACUUUAAUCGCGUCAAGUAAAGACUACGUGGAUAAGCAUUGGGAGAAACUUCUAAGUAUCCGCCGAACAGCAACGGAGAAUAAGAUAAUCUUAAUGGAGGAGCCACGUCCGGCCUAAGAUUCUCUGUUAUCUCGCGCGAGAAAAAUGCUCGAAAGGUCGUGAGUGAAAAGAAGAGAACGAAGAAAGAAAGGAACUCUUUUUGGUUUUCGUCGAGUGUCAUUAUAAAAUGACAUUAUCUAUCCACGAAGAAGAAAGUUAUAAUGCUAAUUCAGCGUAUCAAGAGGAAACAUUAACAUACCUACAUACACAUACUCCGUAUCAAUGCCUUCAAGAUAUGCAGUCGCAAUGAAAUUCUAAUCGAUUUGGAGUAUACAACUUAUCUAGCCAAGACGGAGACGCGCGAGCUCUUGUUACCGUCUUGCUCGCCGAUAUUUUGCAAACAAAAUCGACACGCGCCGCUGGCAGUUAACUAUAUCCCGCAAAACGAGUAACUCGAGUCGGCUUCGUUCUUUAAACGAAGUUCGUUCGUUAUCGCGAACAACGAGCGAUUUCCUGGAGAACGGGAAGAAAAAGAAAUGGAAAUAACUUACAACAUCGAUACAGGAAUAUCAUUCUCACGAAAGAUUUCGAAAUUGACGCAAGCCUAUCCACCGAUGAGAUUGACAAUUUUUAAGGAUAAGAAGAAAUCGUGCAAUGAUGUCGUACGAUUGCCCCCAUCCGGUCUCAAGGACUUAUCGAUACAAAAAGAUAACGAAACCGCUCUUAGAACGAAAGAGACGAGCACGUAUCAAUCGAUGUCUCGACGAAUUGAAGGAUCUCAUGGUGGACGCAUUCGAAACGGAAGGUGAAAAUAUCAGUAAAUUAGAAAAGGCGGACAUUCUCGAAUUGACGGUACGUCAUUUGCAAAGAUUACAAGCUUCUCGUUCCGCCGGUUUGUCUGGUUUCUCAACUACGACAAUAUCAACAAUACCAAUACCACCGACGGCAGCAACAUCGACGACAAUAAAGAUGACUACGAUGGUUAAUGACGAAGCUGCCGCUGAAAGUCGAUGGCAAUCGGGCUUUGGACAUUGCGCCACCGAAGCGUGUAGAUUCUUGGCGACACUUCCUGGCAAAGCGGCGGAGAAUUUGGCCAGGCAUUUGGCCAUUGGUCUUCAAAAUAAUUCCAAGAUUAAUUCGUUGAAUAUCAAUCCUAAUACGACGCUAAUCGAUCUGGAUCCUGGCACUUUGAUCGAUCCUUGUUUGAUCAAUCCAAUUCCUUCAACGGACACUAAUAACAUAAUUGUACCGAAUAUCGCAAUAUCUGCUAACAAAACGAGUCCUCGUGUAGAUGUGAAAAAAGGAACAUUUGAAAGCACAUUAACGGUAACAGAAACAAUGACGGGGUCAUCAGAAAAUCAUGUAAGAUUUAACGACGACGAUCGAACAAAAUUGACAUUUGACAUUAAAGAAAUUCGACGAAAUUCUAUGGCCAAACAUAAAAUUACGAAUCAUCAAAGAAUUAACACGGAGGACGAUGAGGUAAUCGAUGUCGAACGUGUAGACGAUGGUGAUCCUAUGUGGAGACCAUGGUAGCGAGAAAUUUUUUUAAUUUCAAUCCUAUUAUACAAUGUGUGUGUGUGUGUGUGUGUGUGUGUGUGUCUGUGUGAGAGAGAGAAAAAACAACGAAAAACAGGAUCUUUUUUAUAUUUCCAAGUUAAACCUAUUAACAGCUGAUCGAGACAUUAAAGAAGAAUUAUUUUUUUGCGAGAUAAGAUUAUUCAGAGAAUCUUCGUUGGUUUAUAUAAUAUUAUUUAUCUACGGUUAAAGAAUCGAAUUAGUUAUGUUAUUCGUAAACAAAAAAUCAUUCGAUAUAAAAUAGAUUUAUAUAAAUAGGAUUAUAGUAUAUUGCACAUUAUUUUGGUACAUGGCUUUAAUUCCAUAGUUAUAUAAUAUUUUAUUAUACUUUUCAUUUUAGUAAUUCGCUAUAUCUUUAAUUUCUACGAUACAAUUUAAAUUAAUCGUACUUCGUAUGUCAAUGAAAAAUUACAAAAUAUUAUCUCUAAUUAUUUGUAAAACGAUAUUAUAUAAUGAUAAUUCAAUGAUAAAUUAUAUUUCGAUUAUUCGUAUAGAAUAGAUCUGAACGUUUCAUCGUAGCAUCGAAUUAAUAAUUUAUUUGAGAGAUAUAUCGUAGACUUUUGUAGAUCGAACAUCUUCUUCUUUUUCUUGUUCUUUUUUUUUUUUGUUUUCCAUUUUUUUUCUCUCUUUUUCUUUAUUUUAUUUUUCUUUCUGAAAAUGAAGCCUAUCGUCUGCGCGACAAAACAUAUCACUCGGUAUAAAUAUUUAUUACGAAUUUUCAUAUAAAUAUUAAUACAUUAUGUGUGAUUAACCUGUGAUAGCAGAAAGAAAAUACAAUUAUACUUAACUUUAUUUUAUACUAUUAUUAUAUUUCUCGAUAUUUUAAUAAAUAUAUUUUAUGCUUUUACGA